CGGGCUAUUACUUGAAUGUUACUUUAAGUUUGAUUAAAGAAUAUUGAAGGCGUGUUAUGGUAAAACUAUGGAUGCCAGCAAAAAAUGGUAAACAACACUAUUUAUUCGAGGUUUAGACGUAGAGUACAUUUCUGCAUAUGUAUCUUAUAAUACGAAGAACUCAUGCUCAGGAAAAAGAAAACAUGUGUCUUUAUACUAGCCGUAAUCCUGUUUUACACACUGUUCACAGUUAUUGGCUUUGCCGGGAUCAACUUGAGCUCAGAAAAGGAAAAGAAACAAUACAGGAAAACAACAUUCUUCGGUAAGAUGCGUCAUAAAAUAAAAAUCUCAAAUUUAACUCCGAACAAUAAACUUUUGUCACAAGACAAUGAAGAGCCACUAUCUGUUUAUACUUUCACAGGAGGUGGAUGGCAGUUUUCAAACAUAUGCAACCUAUCUAAGAAAUAUUUUAAUGAUCAAGAUUUCUAUUUGACUCAAGUUCAUUCUGAGGCCGGUUCAGUUAAUCUAUUUGUUCACAACCCUGAGUAUGAUGCAAUAUCCGGCACAAUUAAACAACGGCGUUCUUUUGAAUCUGAGAAUGUAGAUGCUGUUAUGUCAAUGUUACGGAAGGAUCCACAGCUGACUUUAAUUGAUAUUGGAGCAAAUGUUGGAAUAUAUACGUUAUCGGCAGCCUUGUUUGGUAGGCAGGUCAUAGCAAUAGAUGCCGCAAAGGAAAAUAUACAACACAUCUGUGCAUCCGUUGAAUAUGGACAUUUUUCUAAUAGAGUUGCAAUUAUUUAUAAUGCUUUGUCUGAUUUACAUGGAAAAGUUGAUUUCAAACAUGGAGUUAAAGGUGACUUCGGCUUAGGCCAUGUAAAUGCAGACGGUAUUUCCUCAAAAAUGGAAACAAAGUUCAAGAAUUAUUUUGACAAUGGGCGUACAGAUGCGAUAGAAGCAGUAAAACUAGACGAUUUGCUAAGUCUACCUCACUUAGCCUUUAUGAAAAAUAUCCUCAUCAAAAUGGAUGUAGAGGGACAUGAACAUCGGGUAUUAUUAGGUGCUAAACAGUUCAUGAGGCAAAAACUGAGGUCAGUCAGAGGAAUUGUUAUGGAAUGGCAGUGGUUUUCUGACAGGAAAGCCGAAAAUACUAUAAGAAAUUUGAUGGCUGGAUGGAACUUUUCCCCUUACAAAUUGAGUGGAUUGACAGAACCUUUGAAACUAAACCAAACAAUGCACUGGCCAAAUGAUGUAUUGUGGCUUCCAAAAUAUUCUUCAACAAAUAAGGUUGUUAAAAAGGACAACAGUCAUAGGUCAGCUUUAAAAAGUUCAAGACAACGACCAAAGAUUGGUUUGAUCAAAUAAAGAGGUCAUGAAUGAAAAUUGACCAGCUACCAUAAAGGCCAAGGGACGGUAUAAUGAAGAUGG